AUGCUGAUAAACGGCCGUCAUGGAACUGGUGAGAACAUACACUCUAAUAAUAAGACAGCAUAUAACCAUACUAAUAUUUCUAAUAAGUAUCUGAAAAAAGAAAUGACUAAUUUAAACUCUAGAGAAAGUAUGUCAGGUAACUUACUUCUACCAAAUUCAAAUAAAAUUCAUUUACUGAGGGAAAAUGUACGUGUAGUAGUUCGUGUUCGUCCAAUAUUAAGUGAUUCCGAAUCUCCAGUAUCUUGCAUAGGUAUUGAUGAUACUAAUAAGAAACAGUUAAUAUUAGAGGAUCCACGCCAUCGUGGAUUACCUAAGAAGUAUGAAUUUGACGAAAUAUACAAUGUAGAUGAAACAACAAACGACAUUUAUGAAAAUGAAAUCAAGAAUUUUAUAGCACCUUUACUCGUUGAUUGCUCUUGUAUAAAUGUCUUUGCAUUUGGUAGUUCUGGUACUGGUAAAACAUACACUAUGCAUGGUGAUAAAGAUGAGUGUGGUAUAGUUGGGCUGACUAUAAAGGAAUUACUAAGGAAUAAUGAGAAACUGGAGAAUCCAGGGAAAUUCUCAUUUUCAUUUUUCGAAAUAUAUUGCGAGAAAGUAAGAGAUUUACUAGUUUGUGAGAAAUUAGUUAAUAACACUAAAGGUAAUAAUCAAACUGUUUCAAUAAGAACAGAUAUAUGUGGUAGAGUACGUGUAGUUGGGGCUAGUACUGUAGAAUUUAAUUGCUGGGAUGAAUUUAACACAAAAUACAUAGAAGCAUUAAGGCGUAGAGUAUCUGGGAAAACAGCUGUAAAUAGUAGUAGCAGCAGAAGUCAUGCAUGCAUCCAAAUAAAUUUUAUUCCUCAUGUAAUAAUUGCAAAUAAGGAUAGAGAUAAGCAAGGUAUUGUUGAAGAUGAUACGGUUGAGAAUCGACGAAGAAGAGGGAGUAUAUCCUUUCAUGCUAAACCAAAGGUUUCAGUAAAUACUCAACGUACAAUUGUUAAUUUAAUUGAUCUGUCUGGUUUUGAAAAUAAUCGUGUAACUAAUAAUACAGGGAGGAGAAUGACUGAAAGUACAUUUAUUAAUUCGUCAUUGUUAGCCUUAAGUAAAGUGAUUAAUGCUUUAAAGAAAAAUGAUGGUACUCAAAUGUCUCAGAGCUGUAUACCAUAUAGAGAAAGUAAAUUGACCAGAUUACUUCAGGAAUAUUUAGGUGGUGGUGCAGAUCCACCCUACUCUCCGUACUGUUUGAGAUGUAUCAUGCUUUGUACUAUUUCACCGUCAGUUACAUACUUUCAUCAAACAUAUGCAACAUUAAAUACUCCCAGUUAUGGCAGCACAGCUUUAAUGAGGAAAUAUAUUGGGAUUGCCAGUUCUAGGCUUAUUGGGAGAGAUAAUUUGGGUGGAGUUGAUUUACAUGAGGUAUCUAAAUCUACAAAAAUUGGUGUAAAUUUGAAUUCUAACCUAUCAAAUUCUAAUAUUAAUGGUUCAAUACUUAAAGGUAAAGUUCCAAAUCUCUCAGUUCUAUCUAUUGCUGGUUCGAAAAUAUCAAAGUCAAAGGAUUUAAGUACUAAUAAAUCUUUAGUGAAGGUUUCGAAUAGCUCUUGUAAUACUUAUAGUAAUGUUGAAAGUCGGGUUGCUCAGAUCAUUAGAGGUAACAAAUCUAAGUUGUUGGCAAAAUCUGGAACUAUUAAUCAAUCAUCUUCAUUGAUAUCUAAUAAGGAAGUAGUAGAAGUAUCAGGAUCGGUUAAUAGUGUGAGUACUGUUGGACUUGAUGGGAAUAUUUUAUGUGGCAAGAGCACUAAUGUGACAGUAGAGGAUAUAGAUAGCAAAGAAAAUAAGAAGUUGCCAGUUCAAAGUGAUUUAUGUUUAGCUGUAGAGCUUAAGCUGAAUAAGAUCUGUUUGGAGGAUCUUGAAGCUAUAGGAACUAAUGCACCAUACACUAAAAGUGAUGGAUCCGGACCUGAGGAUGAGAAGAUACAUUCUAAGGAAAAUAUCGAAGCCGAUACAGCUAAAUUUUGGAAAAAGGAUGAUAUGGGGGAAUCUGAAUCUGAAAGGCAAAGUCAAGAGGAAAAUAUUACCCAUAUUGAGAAUAAGCGUCGUCGUGGGAAAGUGAGGAAGACUCGGAAAGGUGAUAAUGACGAAGAAAAGACUCUGGAAAGUGCAAUUGUAACCAGACGUUCACGCAAAGCAAAAGUUACACUAUUAAGCCCUAGUUUUCCAGCUACAAGGUCGGCUACAAAGAAUAAAUGA